UAAUAACAACAUGGAUACUAAUUAUUCUGAUUACAUCACACCAACAAGCUAUGAUUACUAUGCAAGCUUUGCAAAGAACAAGACUAUUUAUAAGCGCUUUGAAGGGUGUGACUCCGAGGAACAACAGGAGUUGCGUAGUAAAGAGAUCAAACGAAUGAUAAACUAUUACGAUAGUCUCUCUGAGGACUUAAUUAAAAAGGACUCUAUUGUGCAUAUUUAUAUUGUUCUCCGACAAGAAAGAAAAUACUGUGAUAUUGAAGUCAUAGCAUCCAAUGAAACCGGGGAAGAGGAUAUGAAUAGUAAUGAUAAACCAAGUGAUAUCUUACCAAUGGCAUUGCUUACUCUCUCAGAUACCCUUGAAUCUAUUAAAACCAAUCCUCUUUUAGAAAGAUACGGGAGAAGCAAAUGUUACUGGGUACAUAUCAAGCAUCCAAUGUCAGCCAUAUAUUUUACCAGGAAGAUUAAUUACAUGGACUUUUUUGGUUGUAACAGCAAGAAUG